AAAUUUUUACUAUUGUUAAUAUACUCGUAUAGACAUAUUAUCAGAUAUAUAGUGUAUUUCGAUAUCAACCUCAUAAAGAUCAAACCUAGUUAUCAAUAGUCCGUUUGUGCUCUAGAUAUGACCAGAGUUUAGAAAUGUGAUUCAAAGCAAAAUAUAAUAAUAUUAUAUUCCAUAAAUUUGUGAAUAAAAUACAAAAUUUUAUUAUUGUUAAAAAAAUAAUUAAAUUAUUUAAAAUAAAUUAUUAUUACCUAAACAUUUUUGCAAAGAUUGAACUUUGGCUUUCAAUGCGUUGACAAUAUUAUAAAAUUAUGUCUUCAGAAGACUUGAUAGAAAAAACGAUUGGACGUUUUGGAAAAUUCCAAACAUGGAUACUAGUUCUCAUAGCAAUAGGUCGCUAUCCAACCGAAUUUCAAUUAAAUAAUGUAGUAUUCAUUAUACCAGGCGUUGAAUACAAGUGUUUAGAUACUGGGGCACUGAAUGCAACUAAUUAUUGUCCUUGUGAAAAUCCUGAAUAUGACCAAAGUACUAUUGUUACUUCAGUGACAUCCGAAUGGAAUCUUAUUUGUGACAGAACUGCGUUUGCUAGUUUAGCACAGUCCAUGAUGCAAAUUGGAAUAUUGGUUGGCAGCCUACUUUUUGGAUAUAUUUCAGACAGUUUUGGCCGAAAACCUUCCGUGUUGAUGUCUUUGUUCUUUGAACCCGUUUUCAUAAUAACUUCUGCAAUAGUACCACAAUUUUGGAUGUUUUUAGUGUGUCGAUUUUUAAUUGGCACUGCAGUUGGGGGAACAAUGUUAUGUUGUUAUGUACUACUCAUCGAAUUAAGCGGCAAAUCAUUUAGAGCGUACCUCACUGGACUGCAGGAAAUUUCUUUUAUUAGUGGAUAUAUCAUCGUUGGUGCUAUAGCCUAUUAUGUUAGAGAUUGGAGAAAUUUACAACUGGUUACAUCCGUUCCUUGGUUGGCUGUCAUAGUAUAUUACUGGUUAAUACCAGAAUCUCCACGGUGGUUGAUAACAAUGGGAAGAAAGAAAGAAGCUAUUGUUAUUCUUACUUAUAUCGCAAAAAAAAAUAAUCGUUCAGUUGAAAACAUCGAUAUUAUUGUCUACGAUGAAGAAGAACCAAAGAAACAAAAAUCUGGGAAUUACCUUGACUUAUUUAAAACACUAAAAAUUCGAAACUAUACGAUGAUUGCUGCCCUUGUAUGGAUGUUCUGUUCCCAUACAUUCUUCGGUGUUAAUCAGUACAUAGGACGUUUACAGGGCAAUAUUUACCUUAAUGUGAUGCUUUCAGCUGCUAGUUUGGCACCUGGAUUAAUUCUUGUUAUAACUGGCACCAGAUUUUUAAAUCGAAAAACUAGUAUAAUUAUUAGUUUCAUUGUUGGGGCAAUGUCAUUACUCGUUUUCAUAUUUAUACCUAGCAAUAUGGAGACACUUAUGUUAGUUUUUGCUAUUAUAGGUCAGACAGGAGCAUACACCUCGUUUAUCCAAACCUAUUUAUUCACUUCUGAAUUAUUUCCUACUGUAAUUAGAAAUUCUGCUAUGGGAUUCUCCUCAAUGUUUGCAAGAGUUGGAGGAUUUAUAGCUCCUUUUGUUGUUAAUAUUGGUACAGAGUGGAUAUCUAUUUUAAUAUUUAGUGCCAUUGCAUUCAGCACUGCGAUAUUAUGUUGUUUUCUUCCCGAAACUAAAAAUAUAAAUCUUACAAAUUCAAUUGAAGAAACAGAGGUUAAGGAAUAUAAUAAAACUUAAUCUACAGAAGAAUAUUCAUUUAUUAUAUUCAAUUAUCUCAUUAAGACGAUGCAUAGAAAAUCUACUUCCUUUCUUUUUAAAAUCAAUAAAGAAACUAUUUUAUUUUAUAAAAAAUGUGUGUGUAUUAUUACAUGUUAGUUUUUGAAAAUAUAAUAAUGUAUUACAGAACUAAUUUUAUUAAUAAUAAUUACCAUAAUUUUAACACAAGUCAUGUGUAUUUAAUUUUUUAACACUAUUUACACCUGUGCUCGAAAUUCGAGCAAUAACAAUAAAGAAUUCUUUUGAACAGAUUAAAUACCUAGAUUUAAAAUCAUUACUUUUUUUAUUUAUUGUAUUUACCUUCAUACGUGUCGCCAAUUAAUUAUUAUUUUUAAAGGAGCAAAAGUGGUAAGGAGGGUUGUGUGUCAAGACUGUGAAUUACGAUACUUUUAGAAUAUAGCAAAUGAACUAUUAUGCUUACUAAGAAGUAAGAACU